UUCCAUGAAAUCUACUUGUCGCGAUUCAAUGUGUUGGAAAUUUACACCUGUGUUGUGUUGUAGUUAUAUUACUUUUAGUGAUAUCUAGGUGUGCGUGGACCCUUUCGAUCGUGAGCAUCCUUCUGCAGAUCACAACGUGUUAGAUAAUGCUUAAAGAGUUCACUUCACUAUUCCUCAAACACACUUCUCCAAGUAGAAAACACUUGACUCCUGAACUUGUUUUACGUCUCGUGACUCCAUCAUGUCCGCUAUGGUCGGCGCCAAUUACGGACUCGCCGUUUACCGACCCUUUUUGGGGGUUCUAUUGGCCAGGAGGUCAAGCUACAGCAAGAUACAUCUUAGAUAAUCCAGGUGCUGUAACCGGUCGUCGGGUUUUAGACAUCGGCUGUGGGUGCGGCGCGGGCGCCAUCGUUGCCGCCAGGAUGAAGGCUAAGCAAGUCGUUGCGAAUGACAUUGAUACUUAUGCAGUAAUCGCUACGGAAUUAAAUGCAGAAAUGAAUAACGUUCACCUAGACACAGACACAAAUAACUUUAUAGGAUCCAGUUGUAAGGACUUUGAUGUAAUUUUGAUCGGAGAUAUGUUUUACGACGAGGAAUUUGGAAACUCGCUAUUUAUUUGGUUAAAUAGAUUAACCAAAGACAAUAAGACGAUACUGAUUGGUGAUCCAGGUCGUCACGGGCUGACGGAAAGCAGACGAAGCCGCAUGACGCUACUAGCUAAAUACGAUCUACCAAAAGAAACUCGCGAGGAGAACCAUGGAUACACUGAAACGUCGAUUUGGAAAUUGAAUAAAAUUUGAUGUCUGCAAA